UGAAGUCGUCUACUUGUUGGUUUUCUUUGAGAGGGGGGACUUUUGUCUGCUCAGAAAGAUCAAAACUCAAAGUUAUUUUGCAGUUCCUUCGAUUGCACUGAUUGACAAAUCAUCUCCUUCUCAAUCAUCUCAAUCCUUUUUCUCUACUUUACCCACCAAGAAAAGAACAUAACCCAGAAGUUAAAAAGAGUACAAAGCACGAGAAAAUUCAAGAAGCCAAGUGAACUUUGUCCUUUUUUUUUUUAAUCUAUUUACUGUUUUGAUCCGAUGGAUCUAUAGAUCUAACCUUCUAUUCUAUACCUACAUGUAUUUCUCUGUUUCCUUUAGAUCUCCAUCCUUUUCAUCUGCUGUAAUUCAGUAGCUGACCAGAGACUGCGCCGCAGAUAAGCUUACUUUCUAUUGGGGAAGACUGGUGGAAUUUAUUGGAAGAAGGAAAGCUAUUGCAUCCAAUUUUGGAUGUGGCGAAAUCGGAGGUUGGCCUCGGUGAGAUGAGGGAUGUUAUCAAGGUUGAUGAACUUUUUGAGGGCCUGCUGGCAGCCGUCCUCAGAACGUUAUGUCCACGCAGGUUCCGAUGCAGCAGGCCGGCAAGAUGGGCUCCUUUGGUACAAAGACACUGGGCAGCACCUGAGUGGUGAAUUCUCUAUGGCUGUUGUGCAGGCAAAUAAUUUACUUGAGGAUCAGAGCCAGCUUGAGUCUGGUCCCUUGAGCACUCUUGAGUCUGGCCCAUAUGGCACCUUCGUUGGAAUAUAUGAUGGUCAUGGAGGGCCAGAGACAUCACGUUACAUUAAUGAUCAUCUGUUUCAGCAUCUAAAGAGGUUCACCUCAGAACAUCAAUCUAUGUCUGUAGAUGUGAUAAAAAAAGCAUAUCAGGCAACGGAAGAGGGAUUUCUUUCUCUUGUCACUAAACAGUGGCCUAUGAAGCCUCAAAUUGCAGCAGUUGGAUCUUGUUGUCUGGUGGGUGUCAUUUGUGGGGGUACCCUCUAUACUGCCAACCUUGGUGAUUCACGUACUGUCCUUGGUAGGCUCGUCAAAGCAACUGGGGAGGUUCUUGCCAUCCAGUUGUCAUCAGAGCAUAAUGUGGCCAUAGAGUCUGUCAGACAGGAGAUGCAUUCUAUGCACCCAGAUGAUUCGCAGAUAGUGGUUUUGAAACAUAAUGUAUGGCGAGUAAAAGGCCUGAUACAGGUUUCUAGAUCCAUCGGUGAUGUAUAUCUAAAGAAGGCUGAAUUUAACAGAGAGCCCUUGUAUGCGAAGUUCCGCCUUCGCGAACCUUUUAAGAGGCCAAUUUUAAGCUCUGAACCUUCGAUUUCUGUGCAUGAACUACAACCCCAUGAUCAAUUCCUCAUUUUCGCUUCUGAUGGUCUUUGGGAGCACCUCAGCAAUCAAGAUGCUGUUGAUAUAGUUCAAAAUCACCCACGUAAUGGAAUUGCUAGGAGGCUUGUGAAGGCUGCCUUGCAGGAAGCUGCUAAAAAGAGAGAAAUGAGAUAUUCAGAUUUGAAGAAAAUAGAUCGAGGUGUCCGCCGCCAUUUCCACGAUGACAUCACUGUCAUAGUAGUGUUUCUGGACUCAAAUCUUGUGAGCAGAGCCAGCUCAGUGAAAGGGCCUUCCAUAUCUGUUAGAGGGGGUGGAGUUACCCUACCUGCAAAAACCCUAGCUCCCUGUGGCACGCCAGUGGAAACAUAAUAGCGAGUAGCUGGCACUUGAGAAUAUUUCCCAUAUGCAGGACUCCUUAGAAUUACUUUGGUACUAGCAAGAGAGGAGAAGGUGUUGCACUUUGAUUAAAUUUUAAAUGUAGAAUGUAAAAUUUUAACUGAAGACAUGUACUCGGGCACACGAUAUGAAAGAAAAAGAAAGCAUCAAGGGAAAAAGGGAGCUGUAAUUCAUUCAACUCUCUUUUUCCCACCCUCUUUGGAGUUUUUAGUUUUUUGUAAAUUAUGUGAAACAGAUGCCCUUAGGAUCAGAAUAUUAUGUACCUGUUUGUGCUUCCAUGUUACGGAGUGGUUCUGUUGAACGGUUGGGAUACUUUUUGGUUUUGGGGUAAAGUAAUAAUAGUGCGAAACCUUUGUUCUUUUGUA